CAAGCACCCUGUGAGAAUUGCCAUAGUGCGUUUUCCAUUCGUUUCAUUGGUAGUGCAGUUCAUGUGUAUUUACGCUGGACAGAGGUUUUUUAAAAACCCAACGGAAAAACGCCACGUCUGGCCUUGCCAUUAAGAUAUGUAGAUCCAAAUAAUGGAAUCAGGUCCCACACCUGUACUACAAAUUGCCCUAUAGAGAAGCAGCUUGUUUUGGUAAAGCAUGUAAAAAGGAAAAUAUGAUAUGACCCACUAAUAAAGUUCCUUAAUGAUGAAAGCAUGGGUCUAUUUUAUACCUUGACACUAAUGAUGCAGGUACUCCAACAGAAAAAUGAUUUCAGACUUGUCCUUAGUGUUGCAAUAUAUACAAUGUGGAUCCCCGUUAUUUGCCAUCAAACCUCCUGUAUAACGAAGUAAAACUAAAUAUAGCAGAACCCCAAUUUUAAAUUUUUCAGGGGACCAGAAAUUAUGUAAAAUAUGGGAAAAUGUAAAAUAAGGGAAAUGUAACUUAUUCUUAGAGUACUCAAGGAGUUGAGCACAAAAGUCAGUUUUACUUUGAAAUUCAAUAUUUACUGUGUUAAUUACAAGGUUUAAGCAUUGCAGCAUUAUGUUAGAUUAAGGGGAGUAUUUGCAAGGCCUCUCUGACAGUCACAUGUACAACCAACGCAAUAAGUGAUUUGUGCAGGACUGUAUGGGGUGCACACUAAUUAGAAUUUACAUAUGAUACAAUAUGCAUCUAGUUAGUAUUUUAAACCUCUGAUUUCAUUAAUAAUAACAUUCAUAGAGGAUAAACCACUUUUUGGGUACAUUAGGACAACAGUUUAUGUAAAAUCAGGGAAAAUCACUCAUUUAAGUGCAUUGCAAAUUGGUGGGAAAACAAUUAAAAUGUAAAAUGCGGGAAAACUUAAAAUCAUGAUGUAAAAUUGAGGUUUCACUGUAUUCUACUACAGAUUCCAUCUUUUCUUAGUAUUUAGCAACCAAAAGGUGGCUAAUUGUAUUCGGCAUUCUAGGAUAUAAAUAUCCACAAAUAGAUGUGUUUCUGGAAUCAAGUAGUUCAAAGAGGAGGUUUGUUUAGCCAAAACAGAGGUUUUAUCAACUUUAGAACCAAACAGUAUGACAGCAGUUGUUUGUCCUUGGUUCUUGCCCAAGGGAGAGAACACAGGAAACCAUUCAGCAGGCCCAUUAGCUGCUAAAACAACAGAAUCUUUUGAUUCUUUAGUCAUGACAAACUAACAAUGGGCAGAAGAAGAAAAAUUUCUAGAUGUAAAAAAUCCACAGUUUUUAAACACCGCUCUUAUGGUUAGGGCAAAAUUGACCUGAAACCAAUCAAAAUAAUACAAUGUGUACCCACAAGUGUUAUAAAUUGGGUAUUCACUAUUCCACAACAGGGUAGUUAGACAUUAAAAUCAAUUCCAUUACCCCACAAUGGAAUAUAUACAAAUUCAAAGCAAAUGCACUUAAAAAGACAUGUGGAUUCAUAUCCUAAGAAUGCCUUAAAUGCCAAAUGCAGAAGUUACAGUGACAGAAUACAGUAUCUGAGACAUAAGCCUCUAUAUAAAUGUACUCACCUCCAGCAGUUAUUAAAGGUUUGUGUCUGCUAGCUAUAAAAUGUCCAAAUCAAAUAAAACAAAACAUGGAUUAUAUACAGAUAUAUAUAUGUGUAUUGCUCUUCUAUUCCCCUGGCAGGAUAUAUUGAACGUGUGCAACUAUGGAUGAAUCUGAAAGGAGCACCAGACUUUUGUUUCAAGCUGCACGUACAAAUGACUCCUUAGCUAUGGAGAGACUACUGAAAAGUAAACAUGUUGAUCCUUUUGCUAGAGGAAAUCUGGGAGAAACAAUCCUUCAUACUGCCAUACUCGACAGAAAGAGAGAACUCGCCAAAGUAAUAUUAGAACAUGUACCGACCUUAGUUAAUGAUGCCAUGACCUCAGACAUGUAUAAAGGUGAAACUGCUCUUCAUAUAGCUAUCCUGAAACAAGAUAUAGAAUGUGUUAAACUGUUACUAAAGUAUGGUGCAGAUGUUAUCAACGCCAGAGCCUCCGGAACCUGCUUUGUACCUGGAAAUAACAGCCUGUGCUACUUUGGGGAAUAUCCAUUAUCAUUUGCAGCAUGUACAGGAAAUAAGGAAAUUACAAAACUUUUUCUGGUGGAUCACAAAGCACCUCUGAAUGCCCAGGAUUCUUUAGGUAAUACAGUGCUCCAUAUCCUGGUUCUGCAGCCAAAUAAAGAACUGGCCUGUCUUAUGUAUGCCAUGAUCUUAUCACUUGUGCCGCCCAAGGAUUCUCACGGUGUAGAACACCUACAAAAUAAUGAUGGCUUCACUACAUUAAAGUUGGCAGCCAAUGAGGGAGACAUCGAAAUGUUCAACUAUCUUAUUAAGAAGCAAAAGGCCAUAUACUGGACUAUUGGUACAGUUUCAUACAGCAUUUAUGACCUAACUGAUAUUGACACGUGGAAUACCGAAAGAUCUGUGCUAAAUAUUAUUACAUCCAGUAAAAACUCUAAGGUUUUUAAACUCAUCGAUGUAACACCAAUCAAAGAAUUGCUGAAUCUGAAAUGGAAAUUGUUUGGACGUAAAAACUUUCUAUUAUGGAUGAUCAGCUAUCUGCUCUACAUGGUUCUGUUUACUACUGUGAGCAUGUUCAGACCUCUCAAUACUGUGACCGCUGGCCAGUUUAAGAACGUAUCCGUCAUAUCUCAUGUAUCUGUCAUUGAUUUAUACCAGACUAAGGAGGACUUCUUGAGACUGACGGGGGAGAUCAUUACAUUUUUGGGAGCUUUUAUAAUAUUUGUCAGUGAGAUCCAUCUGCUCAUUAAACUAGGCCCCAGAAUAUAUAUUGGGAAUGCAUCCACCGGAGGACCAUUUCCCUUGCUAAUGGUGGGAUAUUCCAUAUUCAUUUUUUCCGCUGCGAUUUUGAGAGUAUUAUGCCACGAGGGGGAAGCUAUUCCAAUUUCUCUUGCUUUGAUAAUUGGAUGGUGUAAUUCAAUCUAUUUUGCUAGAGGAUUUAAAAUGCUGGGCCAGUUUUCAAUAAUGAUUCAAAAGAUAAUAUUUGCAGACCUUUUCCCCUGGUUCUGCUUGGUGUUUAUUAUUAUUGUUGGCUUUAGCUCAGCCUUUUAUGUUAUGUGUCAGACAUUGGAACUUGACAGGAAUUCUCACUUAAAGGACUUCACUAUGACAAUUUAUUCCGCAAUUGAAAUGAUGAUGGGACUGACUGAUUUUCCUUUUCCAAUGGACAAAGCGCCUCCUUUGCUCUAUAUCACAUACACAGUGUACAUGGUGUUUGUUUACCUUCUCAUGGUAAACAUGCUUAUUGCAAUGAUGGAGGAUACAUACUGGCGAGUAGCCCAUGAGAGGGAGUUAUUGUGGAAAAUACAGAUUGCAGCUACCAUUCUUUGUCUUGAACGCUAUAUCCCAAGAUGCCUAAAAACACGGUCUGGUAUUUCUGGAAAGUCCUUGGGCCUCGAUGAUGACAAGUGGUACAUCGGGGUUGAAGAAAUUUCAAAAGAAAGUGCUGCUGAAAAAUCCAAAGCAGCAGUUAACCCGAUCCAACCCCACGUUUGUUGGGAUAUCACCAGAAAAAAUAUCUCAUGGAUCAUUAACAUGAACAAUUCUUUAGACGCAACUUCAUGAAACAAUUGUUCAAAUAACAGCACAGGAAAUGGAAACUAAAUCGAUGCUACUUUUUUUUUAUUUACAUUAAUACAUGAGAUUAGCAUUUUCCUUUUUAUACAUACUGUAUAAAUAUAUAUAAAUAUAACUUAAAAUCAAGAGACAGUGACUAUAUUGCUUGAGAUUGGAUUUUAUCAUGUCCAAAUUCUUUGGCAGUGGUGCCCUGUCAACAUACUGUAUGAGCUGUUUGCUGUGGAACAUUUAUUCAUCCCCUCAAGGCUACAUUACUGCAGUGCACUCAGUGUUUGGAUGCUCUUGUAACUCAUUUGCAGGCUGGAGUUGAUUUCCAAAAUGAGACUGCAGUUCACAGAGCAAGUGGAGGAUUGGGAGCUGCUUUAGGGAUGUAUGUGGAAUCUGCAUGAAAUGACAUAUCCACCCAUUUUUGCCCUACAUCCCUUUUUAUUAGACUGCUAUAAUCUGGAGUUAAAUUGUGUGUGCAUGUCAUGUGUUCAGUCUAAAUAAAAGCAGGGAUAUGAGGUAAAGAAAAAAAAAUGAAUAAGGUUUAACAUUUGAAAUUAAAACAUUUCAAUUUGUUUUUUUCUUCUGUUAUGCACUUUAUAAUCCCAUUUUGCAAAUAAAAAUAUAUUAAUGUAUAAGAAAUGCUACCCCCUAAUAAAAUAUGUGCAAUAGAACAAGUGCAGCACUUACUUGUAAAUCGGUUCCUGUAAUACAGCAUUUUUCAGAAACAUUUCUGGCUCUGCCAUGCCAGCCAGGUGCCCUAGGCAAACUGGCCGGUCGCGACACCGGCUGGUUGAGCCCAUGCGCAAACUCCUGCUCUUGUGUGCAAACUUCCGUUUGAGGCACGUGCGUGCACGAAAGCUCAAAUACACUGACAACUAAAGCAGACAGGUGGUGAGAGGGGACUGGAUAUGGGGUAGGCGACAGAGGAGGUACGUGCCUGGCGUUCCCCAGCUUUUGCGCCCUAUGCACAUGCCUAAUCUGCCUACCCUUAGUUCUGGCCUCACUCUGCUACUGCAGAGGGAACCAAUGUGCACAGCUGAGGAAGGAACUUUUACCUGAUGCACCAGUUCCCAUGCGCAGGACUAAGAGAAUGUUCAUGUUGUCUUUCAGGUAGUAAUGCUUAGUAUAAUGUAGGGAUGCACCAAAUCCACUAUUUUGG